AUGAAUCAAACAGACACUUUAUUGCCAAUAAAAGCAUGUAUAUUUGAUAUGGAUGGGCUUUUAAUUAACACAGAACAACUUUAUACAGAAGUAACAAAUGAAUUAUUAGCUCGUUAUAAUAAGCCAAAACUAUCAAUCGAAGUUAAAACUCAAAUUAUGGGAAUCCCAGGACUCGAAGCAACUAAAAUUCUCAUAAAGUCUUAUGAGAUCGAAGAAUCAGCAGAAAAGCUUUAUAAGGAAGCAGGAGAACUUCAAAAGAAAAAAUUCUUAGAAACUAAAGAAAUGCCAGGGAGUUACAUGGUUUUGAAAUAUCUUAAAGAUCAAGGGAUACCAAUUGUUCUAGCCACAUCAUCUAGUAUUCGUAACUUCCACAUAAAAACAAAUCAUUUAAGCCACAUUUUCUCACACUUUGGAGAAAACAUUGUUCGAGGUGAUGAUCCUAGAAUCCCUAAAGGGCGCGGAAAGCCAGCACCAGAUAUAUAUUUAACUGCAUUAAAUAUAAUCAACAAUGAACGCAAAUCAAAAAGCUUAGAACCUAUAACGUCUAAAGAAUAUAGUAUUCUAGGUGUACAAGCAGGACGAUCCGCUGGCAUGAGAGUUAUUUGGGUUCCUGAACCAGAUAUACUUAAAUAUUUCGAAGAAAAAAAGGAGGAGAUUAUUGGUACUAAUAAUGAAAUCCUUUCUAGUCUUGAAAAUUUUAAUCCCAAAAAAUAUGGGCUUUAAAGUCCUCAAUUUAAAAAUAUUUUAAUAAACAUAAGAAUUUAAUAUUAUUAUAGAGCUUAUAUGUAAUAUAAAUAAUAAAUUAGCAUUUUCAGCUUAAUUUUAUGGAAUCCAAAUCCUACUAUAACUUAUUACUGGUUGUCUACAACAAGGACAUUCUAAAAAAAUAAGCAUAUUAUCAAAAGUUCAACCCAAUACCUUUAAAAUUACGCAUUGCUAAUGUUUUCCGGCAAUCAUCACACAAAGCCAAACAACGACAUGGCCAUAAAACAAUAUUUCUUAUACCAGAGCAACAUAUUACACAUCUCCUUAUUUGAACUACAUUUUCAUCCCCAGAAUUAUUCCCGAGCUUGUUAAUUGACUGUCUACGCUCUUUUAUUGUUUCUAAAAGUCUUUUUAUAUCAUCCGAUCCAUGAUUUGAACAUAAAAUUUCACGAUAUCUUGAUCUUGUAACUAUAGUAUGUGAUGACAUAUGUGACUGCAGAAUACGAGAUUCUUCAUGAUCAGGAGAAAUAAAAGGAGCCAAACUUCCCAAAUUCGGAAACAACUCAGAAAAUGACCUUUCUGCACAGUUUUCAUUAUCAUCGCUAGAGCUCUCAUGUAAAUAUGUUUCUAUGCCUUCAUUAUUUUUCCAAUCCUCAACAUCAUCAUUGCUAUAUAUCGAUAAUGAUGGUAUAAAAUCCGAAUCAUCACUUUCUUCUUCUAACAUAUCAUAUCCUUGAAUAAAUCUAUUAUAAAGAGAAUUGACAUCCUGAUUAUUUUGAACAUGUUCUUCAUAAAGAUGCGCCCUUCCUUUUUUCAAGACAAUUAUAAUCCACAAAAUCAAUGCUUUUACGGUUCGAAUGGUUUUUGUCAAAAGUAUUAUAGUAGGUUUCCAUGUAGAAACACGAUAUCUGUUAAAAUCUUUUUGUUUCCCAUUCUUGCACUCAAUAUUUUUCCUCUCCUUCGAAAACCCAUUAGCAUUUAUUGACCUUAAAUAUUCAUCUGAUUCUUCUAUCCAAGUCUUUUCUACAAGUUUAAUUUCUUCUGCUUCAUUAAGGAAAACAGCUUCUUGUGCUGAAGUAAGUGCCAUCACUCCAAAUUUCAAAAGCAAACCGAAAAAAUCAUCACUCAUAUCAAGACCAAGAUUAUUUCCAACAAAAAUUGUUCCAUUGAAAAUAUCAGUUCUUAAAUUAGAUGAAUGAUUAACAAUCAAUCGUACUAAUAAAGAUAUCAUUAAAGAGAUAAUAAUGACAAAAAUAGUAAUUAAAUGAGGUAUAAAUGAAACACAAACAGCUAUUUUAUUUAAUUCAGAAAAAAACAUAUAUAAAAUCAUCUUUACUUGUAGAAAAAUGUAAACCUCGUCCGUUAUAAAUACUCCAUGAAAAAUAAGACAAGAAACUGCAACCAAUAAUAGUUGAUGAAAUUAACUAUAUUAAGUAUUAAAUAAAUACAUUAAUGACAGUUUAACUCACUUUGAAACGUUCAAUAUUAAAAAGGCAUAAAAAUUGCGACAAUAAAAUUCCAAAGACAGAUAAAAAAGUAAUAACAAUCAUUUCCGUAGAUGGAGUAGAAAAAUUAAGUUCAGUAAAGGAUACGCUAGAUAUAAAUAUUUUAAAAAUUAAAUAACAUUAAACUUACGCAUAUUCGAAAAUAGUCAUUCCAUGGUCAUUUAAAGGAAGACGCAUCUGUAAAGACGCUAUAAAUGUAUUCAUAAAUGUCGUCUAAAAAUGUAAAAAAUAAAUCAAUAUUUAUUUUUACACUCUUACGAAACAUAUAAUUUUAUACGUUGACCAAAGAAUAUAUGGAGCCUCAUAUGGCUUAAUAAAACCAGGAAAAUAUCUUGCAAUUGGAUCAUUUUUAAACUUAAUAUAUGAAAGUAACAUCCAAGAUGUCUUAAAAAGUAAAAUAAUCGGCACCGAACGCAAUACCAGGCGUUUCCAAAAACUCAAAUGAACCGGUCUAGCAAUAAAUAAGACAAAACAAUACAUCGAUUCAAAAUAAUAGCCUAUAUAUUUCAUCAAUUUAAACAAUAUAAAUAAAAGAAAAAAACAAAAACCAUAACAAAUGCAAGAAAUAUAAACGGUGAUGCCCAUAUUCCAAUCCAAAACUCAAACUUACUACGGAUAUUCGAAUCAAUAAGACGUUCUCCUCCAUAAUGAAAGUAAUUAGGCAAUCGUC